AUGUUGGAGGCGGAACCACCCGAAGAGAAGAAGGGGGAAGAGCAAUCGAUUUCCAAGUACCUCCGAAGCCUUUACGGAAAUGGCGUGGCGAACAAGAAGGAAGUGAUGAAGCGCCUCAGGAGGCGUCUGUACAAUGAUUCCAGAGUAGAAGAUAUAUACAGAAAGUUGAAGGAGAUUCAUGGGAAUAGUGGUAUAUGCACAGAACAAUGGAAGGAGGGUAGCUUCGCAUUCAAGUGUUACAACUGUGAGGGAGAUCCUACCUGUGCUAUUUGCGCUAAAUGUUUUUUCGGAUCCAAUCACAAGAAUCAUGUGUAUAAAUUAACACACACAAGUGGAGGAUGCUGUGACUGUGGAGAUACUUCAUGGGAUAUAAAAGGAGCUUGCUUUGACCACCGAGGGAUGGAAGAGCAACACUUAGUGGAGAAGUGCAUACUGAAGGAUGAUAUAAAGAACAGGAUAAAGGACGAUUUGGAUAAUCUCGUAGGAUCAUUAUUUAAAGAAAUAAUAUUCAAGGAUGGACAUUUUCUCUCUCUAGCGAAUGCACAAUAUAUAGAAUAUGCAUUAGAAUUUUUUAAAGAUCUAGGUAUAACGAGCUAUUUGUUCAGACAGAUUAUUUGUAAUGUGUUAACUGGAGCGAAGAUUGACUACCUCAUUAAUCUCCAUUACUCUUUUUAUACAGCUGUGCAGAGAGUUUUGUAUUCACUGUAUUUAUCACUCUUUGUGCAUCCAUAUUUCAAACAAAGGUUUGCCUUCAAGUUAGCCAAGUAUUACAGUCUCGUGGUUCGUGUUGUAGAUAACAAAUCCUACAACGAUAAUAAUUGCUUAAAUGGAUUGACAGUACAGGUGUUGACUGUACCAGAAAUUGCUUACACGUUAGUGGUAAAUAAUUUUUUGAAUGACUUGAUAAAACUCAUUGAGGAGUUCUGUGUAUAUAAUCCGACUACCAGGUGCAUUAUGUUAAAGAAUUUACUACGCUCCGAUAUCGAGGUGAUAAUCCGAAUAUGUGUCGACAUGAAGUAUCUACUCUACCACAACGAUGUGAUUAAGAUUCUGCUCUUUAACAAGUAUAUUAUAAAGAAAAUCCUUCAUCUGCUGUCCUUGUUACAUAGGAUGAAUUCCCAAAUGAGAUACACCAAGGCACACAUUAUUUAUGAGGAUCUUUCUAGCUCCUAUGCAAUCACCAUUGAAAAUUAUCUCCUUCGUGUCUUCGAACCAUUGGCUAAUUUUUGCAAGAGAGAAGCCAACGCUAAUUUUAGAAAUCUCUUCCUACUAUAUCAGCUUACAAUAGAGAGUAUUUGCUCUUUGAAUCUCUUUUCCUCCUCUGGGGAUUCUUCCGCGGAUAUGCAGGGUGCUCGACCCAAACGGAAAAUCAAACGGGACCAUCCCUUCUUCAGGGUCAAGAGGUGCAUUUUGUCUGGUUCCAAUAGGGUUGGCCCGCAGAGCGAUGCCCCAGACGAAGAGCACGCAGGUAGCGGUGCCAACGACACCACGAACAGUGCAACUAACGACCAAACGAAUAACACAACGGAAGAUGCAAAAAACGGUGGGACGAACAGCAAGACGCAAGAACAACCGCGAAGGCGAGUUAAGCAUCUGCGUUCGAUGCACUCGCCGCUUGUCCGGUUCUUCAUAAUGAUUCUAAAUUUCGAUGUAGUGAAGAAGUGUAUCGAUGAUGUGUAUUGGUACAAGCACAUCUACUUGAGAAGGUUGCGAAAAAAGGGGGAAAAAGGAGGCGUAACCUCAUCUGGCGCAUGCGCCAAAAGUGAAGCUGAGCGCGCCCACAUCGUGCGUGCCUUCCUAAGAGAUUUCUACUCGGUCGAGCAGACACCUCCAGAAACGCUCACGAAGAGAAAAGAUAUCCAAGAAAGGUAUGAAGAUGAUGGGAAUAAAAUAAAAAUGAAAAUUUUCCACCGAAAGCCAUUUCUAAAUGAUUUAGAGGAAGUGAAAAACGAAAAAACGAGAGGCUAUCUCUCAGAGAUGAAGGAUCUGGAGGAUAAAUAUUUUAAGUGGAUCAUUCAAACGAUAGAUUCGAAGGAGAAGGAAGAGGACAACAAAAUUUUGUACAGAAAAAGUAUUCAAGAAAAGAUGGUCCACGUCAAAUGCAAAAAUGAACUAAUCGAAAAAAAAAUAAAAAAAAAAGAUAUAGAAUUCAAUGAAUUUCUAGAAAUAGAUUUUAAGGAAAAUAGGAGAGACAUUUACUUGGACCCAUUAUAUAUCGACUUGUACAUGAGAGAUGUAUUUGACUUUCUCAACCUUUUCAAUUUAAAGCUUUUGAAGUACAUUCUCUUUGUUAAUGUGCACGUGCUUACGUUUAUUUAUGAAAUAAAAUAUGGGUAUUGGGUUCGAAACGGACCACAGAUGGCCUUCCAGGUGAACGAAUACGAAACUUCCUUCUUCUUCCAAAGCGACUUAAUAGGAAUCCAGUUUGCCAUGAUCAUGAUGAAUAUACUACCCUUAUAUGAAAAAGAGAGAGUUAAAAUCGAUAGGGGUAUCCUAUCCAUGAUGGAGAAAUUGUUCUGUGAGUAUAUCGGUUACGACAAAAGUGUUAUGAGCGACUCAGUGCAUGGGUGUACCUCGGCGACGGAUAGCACUGCCAAGGAAGAGGUUAAAGAAGAGUUUACCAUGUCUAAGGAAUCGUUCCUGUAUGGUCAUAUAGAGAGAACAGUGGAGGAGGGAGAAAAUAUAUCUGGUAGGGUGAGUGAUGAUAUUACGCACAGUGAUGAGUACCUGCGCGCAGAGGAACGGGAUCUAAUAUAUGGAAACAGGCAAGCAGAAGGAGGAGAUAAAAAAGAAGAAGCCAAUGAAGUGUGUGGAGAUGACACAGAGCAAUAUAGCUACCGAGGGCAAAGCGAUUUUACAAAAGUGGUGAGCGAAAGGAAGAAAAUAGAUUUCGAUUCAAUGUAUACCUUCUUAGGGAGUUACGCGCUUCGACGUGAAGAGAGAGAGCUCCCCAUAGAGAAGGACACGGAUGGAAAUAACCCAUGCAACAGUACCCCGAAGAAACAGAAAUGGAACGACUACCUGAAGCAGUUCAUGCAGGAAAGGGUAUGUAACCCAUUUGUUAUUCUGUACCAGUUAAUUUUUAAAACAUUUAGAUUUAAUCUAAACCUGAUAAAUGAGGAAGACAUCUACAUGGAGGUUCAAAUACACCACAUGAAAGUUGUGCAGCGAAUUUUUGAAGACAUAUACUCAGGAAAACUGAACAUAGACUCAAGAAAAAUAAAUUACAUCUUCUUCUUUCAAUUGUUUUACGAUCUGUUGGUGAGGCUUUUCAACGAGCUGUACUACUUGGAGUUCAGUAAUAUCCCAAGGAAGACAUCUCAAGAGAAAUAUAAAAAGAGAGGAAAGUACUACGUUAAGAAGAUACUUAUACAACUUUUGGCUUCGAAAGAUUUUCAGUACUUUCAACUGGAGGAUGAAUUCCCUAAACAGUUUAGACACCAUCCUAGUUUCUAUGAACUCACACACAAGUAUGGAUACACGACUCACAUGCCAAGGAGCAACGUCAACCUAAUUAAACUGAACAAGAGCGCUUGGUUUCUGUAUGAUGCUUUUUGGCCCAUUGCAAAUUAUAAGGAUUUCCAAUCGGCAAAUGAAAAAUGUAUCAAAGAGGAGAAAGCUUCUUACAUUGGUUGCUCUCGAGAAGAGGACAAGGAAUAUAUGAAUAUCUCCUUCGUUAAGGUACAGAACCUGCUCUUCUACGCCUUCAAGCGUAGUUGCCUCGUCCCUAUGCUCAUCACAAUUUUUGUGAUCAACGAGGCUUUCCAGGCAAAGGCGGAGGCUUCUCGGGGCGAUGAAGCUGACCACGGCGAUGCUCAUGGUGGUCUCCAGGAGGAUACCCAGGGAGGCACCCACGGCGGUACCCAUAGCGGUGCAGUGGACGGGUCGACCGAAGUUACGAUUCCACAGCAUAGCGAACCGACAGAUGCGAACGCGACGGCGAAUGUGCAGGCGAACGGUGCACCGAGUGGGGAGGAGAGCGAGGCGAAUGCCCCAAAUGACAACAACAACAGCAACCACCUAACUGAUAAUAACAAUGAUAAUGAUAAUGACAAUGAGAAUGACCAUGACAAUGAUAAUGAGAAUGAUGAUGACGAUGAGGCGUUCCCCCCAGGGGCGUUCGUUCUGAACGAGGUCGACCUCUACAAUUUGCUGAGCCAAGGGGGAGGCGAUGCAACUGUGGAAGGCGAAAAUCGUGAAGAGGAAGAAGAAUCGCAAGGCGGAGCAUCUCCAGGGGGAGAAGAAAGCGGUCUAACCAAUGGCAAUCCCCAGCAAAACGACCACAACACAACUACCAACAAUACUUCGGUCAAUGCAAGCAACACCCCGAACACCCGCAGAAACAAUAACACCUACAUAAUUGUAGAUGAUAACGGAGAGAAUGAAACGCUUUUCGCAGAAAUACUAAUAAGUCGUAAUCUGCACAACUCCAUUAACAUGGAAAUAGUGAAUGUUACAGACACUCACGUAGCAGAAGGGCAAACGAACAGAAAUUACAGGCAAUUUAAUGCGGAAGGACUCUCCGAAAUAAUUAGCGAUAUUAUAAGUGAGAACAACAUUAUCAAUGAUGUUAUCGUAGAAUCCAUUCUUGAAAAUAGAUCUGGGUUAAGGUACCUGAACCAAGUAAGGGAUCAAGAAGGAAGAAAUAUAGAUGAUAACAUUUCCGUGGAGGAUUACACAUCGAGUGAAGAAUUGAAUAUGAAUCCCAUAGAAUCCUUCAACCCAUUACGAAUAAACUUGUCUAGGGGAAGAGAAGACACUGGUGGCAACGGGAUUCCAUCUCCACCUUCCUUUCCAUCCACCCCCAGUAACAGUACUCUAAAUAAUACCAUCGAUAUUUUUAUUAAGAUAAUUAAAUUGUUCAGCAUUAUAAUGGAUGCGACUCACCCCUUUAAGUACCUCACUGGAUUUUACUACUCGAACUGCGAGUUGUUUGGUUGUGAAGAUGAUGAUCAGUUGAGUGACAUUUCAGAGAACCGGUCAACUGUUUCGUCAGCUAUUUCGUCAGGUGUUUCGUCAGAUGGAUACAGAGAUAACCAUUUGGAUGGUCAUUCCAUCCCCAGGUGGGAAGGUUACCCCCAGGAGGGUACUGGAGACGAGUCUGAGAAACCACUCCAGGGGAGAGGAAGGAACGAUGUGAAUGAUAGCCAUGCCACUGAAGGGGGGAAUUCAUCGAAGAAUGACUAUCCCUGUGAUGGAGCUCACAAAGAAGUGAAUACAAAUGAGGAGAACUUCACAAUAGUAGAAGGAAGAAAGGAGAAGGAAAAGAAAGAUGCACCAUAUUGCCAGGUAGCCAAGAGAGUACAUCCCAAAGGGGCCAGUCCUCACGAUCAGAUCCUUAUCUUUGAUGAUAUCCAUGUGAUUAAAAGGAAACGGAGAGGAAAGCGGAGCACAGAUGAAGGCACUGCGUCGAGUGAUAUAGUCGGCGGUGCAUAUGGUGCACAUGCUGCCCCCUCUCUAGGAACGGGGCCGAAUUCACAACCGAAGGAGCGGAAGAAGAAAACGUACGCAUUGAACAACGUAGCCCUGCAUAGUCUGAUGAGAACCAUGAGUAACAUAAAUUCGAAUGAAGACAAAUGUUUUCAAAAAGUGAGGGACACCAUAAUUACCAGGAUGAAGGAUCUACUUUCCGAAAACUACGAUUGUAAAAAUGUUAGCAUGAGCAAUGAAUUUAUUCAGCUCGCAAAGAAGAGACAACAGGAUCUACUAAAAAUAAUGCAGAAUCAGCAACUCAUGUUUAGUCAAUUUUUGGAGGAAGAGUUGGACUCGGAUGAGGAUAUCAUCGGCGAGGCCAGUGGGGUGGCGGGCGGGGAGAAAAGCGAAGGAGCAGGCGAAGGAGCAGGCGAAGGGGCAGGCACUGAUGGGACCACAGUUCUGGUCACUCCACACAAGGAAGAAGCAAGAGCCACCAAGAGAGAUAAAAAAACAGACGACCCGGACGACAUUGCCAACUGUGAAUACGAAAGAUCCAAAGAGAGAAAUUGCAUUUGUGUGCUCUGCAAAGAAGGAAUGACCAGGAACAACCUUCUGGCAUAUAUCUGUUUUGCCUCCCAUUCAAACCUCUUAAAAAAAAUUACAAAAAAAAACAAAGUUGCCUUUCCAUGUAAACAUGCAGCCAUAUAUACCUGUGGCCAUUUCAUUCAUAUAACCUGUCUACACAACACAAAAAUUUUUACAUCCAGAAAUUCUCAGUCACAAACACCCAGUCCAACUAAGUAUGAGUUUACCUGUCCACUGUGUCGAUCUAUUGCCAACUGCUUUGUGGUUUACAUUCCCAAGCGUUAUGUCUCUGAAGGGGAUAGUUAUAGGAUUUAUGAGUGUAGCGAGCGUGAAUUGCUUCUGGACCAUUCGAAUAGGAAUUUGGCUGAACUUCUUAGAAGGACGAAGAGGGUGGAGGAAAUCGGUGAUGAGCAAGUCGAACCCAAACUCACGAAAACAGACGAACCAGAAACCACAAGCCGAAGCGAAACAACCCACGAACGUAUAGUCAGUAGUACGGACGAACACGAAAUGGAUGACAACACAGAGGUUGCGUCGGAUAGAUCCUUCUCCUCAUCGGCUUCUUCGAAUGCAUCCAUCGACAGUGAUAUUCCGGAAGAGUUCCAUUUCAAGUAUAUGCGUAAAGGAAAGAAGAAUAUCUCCAAUGAUAAGGGAAAAUUCUUUACACAGGAGAAGAAAGAAUUUGUGCCGAACAACUCCAGCCACAAGGUCACGUACAACCUGUACGAUGAGAGUAAAGUGGAAGAUAUGUUUAAUGUGCGUUUUAAAAAGUUGGUGAGUAAACGGGUUCUAAAUGGGUUCUUGUCAUAUGAAAAUUACGAGCUGAACAAGAAAAUUAUUUUGAGAGAGGUUUACCUAAAUGAGGGGGGCAUGUACGACGAGCUUUACCACAAGGGGGAGGAUUCUCAGCGCUCCUCAUCAGGCGGAAGCAAUCCACAUGAGGAAGGAACUCCUCCGGGAGAAGUAACCCCAACAGAUCCCCCCUCAGGGGAAGUGAUUCCACUGGGGACACGCGGAACCGAGUUGUACCUGCACAAAAACACACUGAACUAUGAAAACAAGGAAUUCACAUUUUCCUACAAGAACUCCAACUUCUUUUACCGUUAUAGAAAUGGGUUUUUGGCCUCCUACGUUAGUGUACCCCUAAAGUAUAUAAGGCAGGUGGAGUUUUUGAUGGUGAGGGAUAAUCAAUUGGCUCAGACCUCUCCAGACGAAUGCAUGCAAUUUUAUUUCACCGCGCAGAUUGAGAAGAGGGAGGAGGGGAAGAAGACAGUGGAAGAUGAAAAUAGCGAAGAGGUAGAUGUUAAAGAGGAACCUGGGACGAAGGGAAACGCGGAGAUCAUCCUAAAUUACCACUUGGAUAAGAGUGUCUUAGAUUUUAUAAAAAAUAAUUUAAAAAACGAAGAUUCCAACAUUGAUGAAGCCAUUCAGAAGUACGAACUGCCGUCGAGUAAUCAUUGCUCUUCAUCGAAUGGACAGAUAAACCGUUGGAAGGAGGAGAUGUCAGGUGAUCAGCAUGAACGUCAGAUGGAAAAAAGGCCAAAGAUUGAUUCGGAAUCGACUUCUAAAUUGGAUGGUAAGUCGGUGCAUGGUGCAUUACCAGAGUAUGUAUCUUGCGUCGGUGCGCCCAGUAGUAGGGUAGACGUUGAUGUUACCAACGAAGACGAUAAAGAGGGCAACAAUAAGAAGGGAGGCGAUAAUGGGGAGGCAUACACCGGGGAAAUUUCCUCCAGUGAAGCGAACGUUUCUUCCAAUUUGGAUGGGGACAUUUCCAGAAGUGUUGAUAUCCCGAUUGGUAAGGCACCUGAAUCUGCACCGGAAUCAAAGAGUGAUGGAAGUAGCGCCGCCUUCUCGAAGGAAAGGACAAAGGAGAAGUGCCUAAAGAGGAGAAAUGGGGGUGGGACGAGCAGAACGAUACUCUCCGGGGGUAGAGAGGAUCACACGCAAGGCAUCAACAAGAACGGUCAAAACAACCACAAGAGGGAUGACAACGUGGGAAGAAGCAUCUGCAGAAAUGGUGAAGACAGCGAAGAGGGAGAAAGGUACGAGCCAUCCACAGGUGGAACAAAAUUUCAGUAUCGGUGCACAACAAAGUAUUUUAAAAGGCACAACACUUAUAGAAGGCAACUAAAUGUUGGUAGAAGUUGGGAUGGGAUCAUUAGUACGAACAAGAGAUACUACUUGAUGUAUAAAGAUACCCUACACAAUCAGAAGCUUGAACCUUCUUUCGACAUGAAAGCGUUAAGAAUGUCUAUGAUUCAGUUAGGGCUCAUUACGGAAACGUCUUGGAGAAUCUUCCAUCACAACAACGCUACGUUCUCCACUAUACAGAAUCAUUCAAGGAAUUAUAAGAAUCUAAUCGACUUUGAGUAUAACCACAAGAACCAGGAUCACUAUGAAGACAUCGAUAUUGAAGAAGUGGGGGUGAAGGAUGUGAUGAGCAUGUACGAGACUGUGGAACUUUACCCCGACUUCCUUCAAGAUUGGAAAUGUAUCGAGUUUGUAAAUAGGGAGGAAAUUCGUCGGCUGAGAAGGGAAGAUUUAUUUUUCGUAAACCGAGGUUACUACGCAAGGUGUAAAAGGGAGCGUAGAAAAGGGGGCGAAGCGAUCGAUUUAGGAACAGGAGGUGGCAUCUCAUCAAAGGUUUUGGCCAACGCAUUACUAAAUGUCGUGUCUAACGUGGUAGGAGAUGCUUCUCCGAUUAUAGGGCAGAGCGCGGUAUCCCCAAUUGAAGAGAAGAAGAAAAAAAGAAAAAGAAAAUGCGAUGCCCUGAAUAUAAAAUUCUGGAGAAAUAUCAACACCGCUAUAGACAUGGACAAGCUGCACUGGAUUCUCUACAAUGAAAUAUUAGUUCAUCUCUUUUAUAAGAAUAUUAACUACGUGUCAUGUAACAAUCUAAUCGAAACCCUCGUGCGUAACUUCUUCCUUCACAACCAUGAAUUGAAUAUUGUAAAGGAAAAAAAAAUUAACAACCUAUUCAACCUACAGCUGUGGAAAAAUCUCUACAACGUUUCAUUCGAUUAUGUGUAUCCCUAUCGAUUCACCGAUCAUAAUUACAAACGUUUUUUCAACAAGAUAAAGAAUGCACACUUUCUAAAUAAGCUAGCCAUGGUACCAUUGUCCGUAGAUGUCUUGCGAUUAUUCAUGCAUUUCUUCCUGAAUCAGCUACUCCACACACAAGCCGACAUUCAACAAUUUAUCUCCAUUUCGCUUAUCAUUAUCAGCUUCCAAGUUAUGAAUGAGGUGUUCAUAAGAGAAAUUUCAAAAUCCUACGUUAGAUAUAUUUUUUCAUCAUUUUCACCUGAACAAGUCAGGCAAAACUUUGAAAAUAUAGCCAAGUACAUUUUUGUGAAUUUGGAGGAAGGAACUUAUCAGCCCAUGAGGGGAUUCAAUAGAGCAUAUGGAGAUAGAGGCGAGUCUAUGUUGGAUCACGAAAGUUGUGUUAACCCUCCACCUUGCAUCAAGCGAAAUGACGACGAGAGGGAUGAUGGAGAAAAGUUUGAUGACGAGGGAAAGAUACAGUACCAGCUGUUUCAUACAUUUAUAUUUGACUACUUCGUUGGGGAGAACAUUGCGAAGGGCGUUGCGAAUGCGCAUGGAGAGGUUAAACCUCCUCAGAACGGAUAUCCACAAAAUGAUUCACAAAAUGAUUCACAAAAUGAUCCACCAAAUGAUCCACCAAAUGUAAGAAGCUCCUGUGGUGGCAUCCCAAAAAGGGGAAAAGAACGAUCCGGUCGGGAAGGGGACAAAUGGAUGGACAACCUAAAUCCCAUGGAGCUAUUCCAGGGUGUGAAGAAACUCUCGUACCAUUUUAAUCAAACAGAGAUAAAACUGUUGAAGGAUUGUAUUCUGCAGAGCGAUAUCUUUGCGGAUUGCACACAUGGAAUAAGCUGCACACAUGGAAGCUUCGCCCAGGAGAAGGAAGAGAAAGUCGAAAAAUCGCCUGAACAAGCAAGGCAGAAAAUAACGCACACAUGGGAGGGAAAGCAAAGAGAAGAUGAUCAUACGGACGGAUCGGAAAAAGCUAAACAGGAAGAAACGAAUAAAAAUAAAAUAAAAAAAUUAUUCAUUUUACACGAAACGAUGAAAAAGCUAGUGCAAGUUAACGAGUUUAAGAAGAAAACAAAAAAAAUGAUGCUCCUGUUGUGUGAAAUGAACGAUGAGUAUAUGAAGCAUAUGUACUUUAAUGGAUGCAUGCCCAUAAAUAUAUUUUUAAGUACAAACUUUACCAGGUAUGAUAAAUUUUUCAAUGACUACUACCCAUUUGUAUACAACACAAGGAGGAACUCCAAGUGGGGAUCCUUCCAUGUCUUAUAUAAGAAUAGUUUUCCUCACACGAGGGAGAGGAAGAAGGGUUCCUUUGUGAAGAACAAAACUGUGAUGAAGAGGGACUAUAACUACUUAGCCAGUAGUAGCAGUGGUUGUGGAAGUGGCCAAGCGAACGAGGCGGAGCAGUACACGUGUAAAGGUCAUCCCGGUUUGGCGAGCAGUUAUAAGAGACACAUCUUCGAAGAACAGGAGGUACCUUGCAAAUCGUUAGGAAAUGAAGGUCGUAGUGCAGUUGACCAAAGUACAUUGCAACAUACCUCCCAGGAAGGCAUACUGACAACAGGCAAGGUAGAAGGCAACCGAACAACCGAAUAUUUUGAAGAGUCUCAUUUUCCAAACGAACUGAACCACUUUAAGUACAAACUGUACAACAUAUCUAAUGAAGAAAUUAGCGAUCUUUACCUGACGAACGACGCAGAAGACAAUUUAUUCGACCCCCAAAUGAAGAACCACGAUUUUGAAUUCAGACACAUAAAUUUAGUUAGUCAACUUAGAUGCAAAUUUGAAAACGUGCCAUACGUGAACCACUUGUUCUAUAUGUACAACGUUUAUCAGAACCUGUUCAGUUUAAAAGCAAUUAAGAGAAUCCAUAAUAUGAGGGAAAGGGAGGCGGAGAUUUUCGUUGAUCAGUUUAUCUUGGCGAGAGUAGGUGAUGACAUUGCAGAUGGGAUACCGGCAGAAGCCAACUUCUCCGAUGUAAGUUUCGAUAGUAAUGAAUCCAUUAAUUUUUCAGAUGGAAAGUCCACAGGGGAGAAAUGCCACAAGUGUGAUGACAACGAUCGUUACGAUGAAGGUGUAAUGAAAGCGGAUACUAUGUCAUCUUCCCUUAGUGUAUUGAAAGAAAUUCUUGAUGUCGGAGAACUAAUCAAAGACAUGAAAAAAAAUAAAAAAAGAAGGAGAAAAAUUAAGAAGAAUAAAUACGCAGAUGAUCUGUUUGUAAAUUUUUUUCAGAAAUCCAUCAAGAUGGUAAAGGGGGGGAAAGGAGAAAAUGGAAAAGAGAAGAAGGGAAUACCAGCAACCUCCGUGGGGAGGAAAUCCUCUGGCGCUACAUCCUACUCUUCUGUUCUGGACACCUUCCUACAACGUGAUAGCAAAUCUGCAUUGCAAGUGGAAAAUGGUAGAGAAGGCGAGGUUGAUGAUAACUCCCCCUCCGACGUGUUUGUUGAUCCCCAUGAUUUGAAACGGGUUGACAUAUCUCAAGGGGUACAUCGGGAUGAAGGAGGUAUCACUCAAAAGGGAGAAAACGUACCAAGUGACCGCAACGAUGUAUAUGGUAGCUCUGGAGAAGAACAUUCCGUUAGUGAGGAUCUCUCAAAAGGGGAAAAUCACUGCAACUUCCAACCUUCCUAUGAACCAUCCGCAUAUCAUGCUUACUCCACCACAUUGGACAGGUUGGAUAUACCCGACAGGUUCGAUAUAGCCGAUACGUCUGACUCCUCCUUCAAUAGCCAAGGAAGUUUGGACUUUCGCUCUCUGCACGAUGAAAACAAUUCCAGUAGCGAUCUGGACAACACACUUUUCAGAAGAAGGAUACACGAGAAGAACAAUCCCCCAGAUUCCUUCGUAGAUUUUAUGACGAGGAAAAAAUAUGCAAGCAUGAAAAAUAAGUUGAAAAAUUGUAAAAUGGAUUUUUACAAAUAUAAGGGCAUAAACAAAAUUUUGAGGUACCACACAUUACUAAAGGCUAAUGGUCUUAACAAGAUUUUCUUCGAAUAUAUCAGGAAGAUAUACAGUUAUGUAUAUAACUUAUACGACUUCAUACCCCUGUACUUGGUGCAGAACAUUCUUCUUCAUUUCCAUGGGGGGCAAAAGGAGGCGAGAAAAUACUACCAUGUUGAUGAUACGUACGGUGGUGUAACUCACCCGGAGGAUGGAGAGUACCAGUUUACUAAGUAUUCUGAAUCUUUUUUUAGGACAAAGAAGUGGAAAAAGAAGUAUGCAAAACAUAGGGAUCGAAUUAAUGGUUACCAUGCUCAUGGGGGGAGAUCUGUGAGAACUAAUUUCCGUGCUGGACAAGAGUCGGGAGAGAAGAACCCCGCAGAGGGAAAAAAAUCCUAUGAAGAAAAAGCAAGGGAAUCUGGCAGAGAACAAUUUUACAAAGAUCUUCAUGAGGGAGUUAGCCAGUUUGAUUCCAUACAGAAGGAAACACGCACGCAAAUUCCAUCCCACGUUUCUGCAGAUUCGAACCGCAGAGUAACUGAAAAGAGCUCCAGUAGUGCUUCGUACACUGUGAACAAGAAAAUAAAAAUCGAGCACAGUAGUAGCGGCAAGACAGAUUCCAUGACUAGUCUGUUGGGCGCGGGUGGGAAAGGGGGUUCUCAGGUGGGAAGGCCGGAUGGAGGUUCAAGCGGUUCGCAAAGCGGCACACGAAGCGGUGUAGGGAGCUCUUCACCGAGCGAUUGCUUUUCGGGUGCUAUUCCAAAGGGAAGAGGAAGUAAAAGGAAGACAACACACUCAUUCCAUCCCACGGAUCUAAAGGGAGAGGAGAUGUUAAGCAUGAAGAAAAUUUUCUAUAUAUUUUACCACUACCUCAAGAGCAACCAUUACAUAGACGGUAAAAAUCCUUGUACCAGAAUAUACAGGAAGUUCUUAAAGAAUUACAUAAAGUCGGCAAACGUAUAUCUGCACUUUGUAGCCUAUAUGUUGUUUUCUAUUUACGACUGUAAUGCCUUAGCGAAGAAGUAUUUGGAUUAUAUCCAUCUGCACAGCGACCUAGCCAAGUACAACAUCUUCCUGCUGAUGCUUAAUGUGAACCCCCAGUUUCAUCAGAUAUAUGCGUACCAGACCUUGCAACUGAUUUUUCAUCCGUAUUUCUAUCAGAUGUAUCAAAUAUAUAAAUAUCUCAAAAUAGAUGCAGAACCCGUUUUGCCACACAAUUUUUAUGAAAACCUGGAAAGGUUCAUUUCUUCUAGAUCUUUAUUCCAACCGAGCAGAAAUUACUUCACCAUGAUUAAGAGGUACUUCAAAAGUAAAUGUGUGAGUUGUAGCAAAUCUCCCACCAUCAUCCUCAUUUGUCUGUUCUGUGGAUCCACCAUAUGCUUGCAAGAAAGCGAUAAUGUGCGUAUCCCCCUUUCUGACUCCAUUGGAAAGUGCGGUUACCAUACAACCAUCUGCGGCGGGGACCAGGCCCUCUACCUGUGCCUCAACGUGUCUUCGGUUCUCUUCGCGAGUGAGCACCGAUUCGGCCUCGUCGACGGCCCUUACGUGGACAAAAAUGGAGAUGUCGACCCGCGACUCAAACGAGGAAAGAACCUCUACCUCUCUCCACACAAGAUGAAUCGGAUAUACGAAAUUAUUGUGAACUCUGCAGUGGAUGUCGAGAUCUACAAACAAACGCAGAAGUCGGAUUAA